AUGUCUGAUAACUGUUCAAUGAUUAAAAUGAAAUCCCUUAUCAAUGAAGCAGUGGACAAUCACUAUGAACUAAUCAAUUCACCAGAGAUGAUAAUUCGAGUUACACCAGCUACGCCAUCACUAAAUACUACUGCAUCAGAACAAAGUUCAGAACAAGAUCCUAGAAUAAUGCAAAGAGUUUUAGCCAGGUGGGUAGAUAAAAAAUAUUAUGCUGGUCGAGUUGUAGAUGUAAAAGAUAACAAUAAAUUCACAAUCCGAUUUGAUGAUGAUCAUACCAAAACGCUUUUAAAUGAGUAUAUUAUAUUUGGUGAACAAAAUAUAUUGCCCUUGCAUGGUCAAUCUAUUUAUGUUAUGUUGAACAAUGAAGAAGAGUAUGUACCAGCAAUUGUUACAUCAAUAUUGGAGGAAUCGAAUAGGGUAAAAUACAUUGUCCAAACAGAUGGUGGUGAGAGUGGAUCUGUUAUGGCAUCUGAUAUAUAUUUGACGGAAGAUCAAGCCAGAAGUAUAAAAGAAAUUCAUACGAGUGUUAGCAAAGUUGAAAGUAAUAGCACACCAAAGAAAAUGAAUGGUCAAGAUGUGAGCUUGGACAAUAUAAUACAUGGCCCAAGAAGCAGACGCCAAGUUACAAUGAAAGCUAUUACCCCAAAGGCAGGCUCCUCUGGGCUGAAUAAACAUAAAAGAACAGGAGGCAGAGGAAGUAAACAGAGAAAGUUCAGUGAGAGCAGUGAUAGAUCGAUAACCGAACCUCCCAGUCCUGCAAGUUACAGAGUUGCGGGGCGCCUGUCUGGCAGGCGAACUUCUAAAGUGACUGGAAGCCUUUAUGACAACAGCGAUCCAGAUACUGUAAACCUGCUAGGUCCAAUUCCUACAUCGAAUAAGAUUUUUCAAAAGAAGUGCUUCUUGUUAACAUGUACAGAAGAUGUUUCACAAAAAUUGAAAUUGGCCAGACAAGAGGCAUGUGAAGCGAGUGGAACUGAUUCAGAAUAUAGUACAGAUGCAGAAAAUUGUACUGUACCUUUCAUGAAAGAAAGAUUGAGGCACCAGUUAGAGGCUGGUGGAGGUUUGGGUUUAGUCACUUUGAAGAAAAUACCACAAAAUAAAUACCGUACUUGCAUUCUUAUUGCACCGAGACCUUGUCACACGGCCAAGUAUAUUCAGUGUUUGGCAGCUAAUAUCAAAGCUGUACUUCAUACUUGGGUUGUUGACUGUUGUAAAUCAAACAAAUUAUUACUUGAGUAUGAUUUGCCUGCCGGAUGGUCCAUUGAAAGAAAGUGCUAUGUUAGAUACCAAAUAGGAAAAGAAAGAUAUAUGAGGCUAUCAAGCAACCCUUCAAUGAUUUUCUUAUAUUAUUGUGCAGCGAUAAUGACAAUUUUCUAAAGUUCU